UUGCCAUCGCUACCGUGACUGCUGCGACGUCUUGUCUUUCUGUAAUUAUUUUUCGUAUUUAACAAAGCCGUGAAUAAUGUAAACUAAAUAGUGGGUAAUACAAGGUGGCCAAAUGCGCGCGCGUUGUUAAAGGAGCUAGAACGCACGAAAGUUUUCGUGCCGCAUUCAGUUUGGUUGGCCUUUUCAGCUGCUUGUGCUUCCCAUUCGUCGGCCAUUAAUGACACACACCAGAGAAAACGGGAAAACAAUACAGCGUGUGUGUGUGCGAGAGUGCGGUGAAGUGUUGUGAGCUCGGAAAACUCCAAGAAGCCAGUGGGAAAAGAAAAGGAAAAGUGGGGUCCAAUCGAGGCCGUAAAUCGCAAGCGUUUCUUCGACUGCAAGCGGCGUACAGGGUGAGCCGUGCAAAAGAAAAGAAGCCAAGGCAUAUGUACCUGCACUGUUUUCUGGCCUUAGAACAGCUGUGCAUAAAGGGGCACUAGGCGAAGCGGAGGCGGUGGAAGCAGGAGCUAACUAGAAGAGCCAGAGGCACUCAAAGACAAAGCCAUGUCCAGCGAGGAAGACAAACCGCCGGCGCCGCCCGUGCGUCUCACCAGCAACCGAGGCGGCAUCGACCGAUCCGCGGGAGGAGGAGUGGGCGUCGGCGGCGGAGGCGAUGUACCGCCCGACAUGCGGCCACUGCCCAAGGAACCCGAUGACUCGGACCGGAAGAAGAAAACGCUGAAGAGCAAGAUCAAGGGAUCGAAGCCCUCGCACACGGACUCCAAACCGAACAUCUCCUAUCCCACGAACUUCGAGCACACGGUCCAUGUGGGCUUCGAUGCUGUCACCGGCGAGUUUACCCUGCCAAUGAAAGGCAUGCCGGAAGCAUGGGCGCGCCUGCUUAUGAACUCGAACAUCAGCAAGCAGGAGCAGAAGAAGAAUCCCCAGGCCGUGCUUGACGUACUCAAGUGGUUCGACAACACAACCAAACAGAGGCCAAGUUCCAAGUACAUGACAAAUGCCAUUACGACGCAUUCAGGCUCAUCGCUCAGCCGGGUUAGCAGCAGCAGUCCAAGCAGCACGCCAACGGACUCGGAGCUGCACGGAUCCAAUAGUGGUGGCAACCUGAUCGGCGUGCAGCUGGGCAGCAUGACCCUGGGACCCAAUGCCAACAACGUGGCUGUCGCUGGCCAAAUCCUGGGCAACCACUACCAACAGCAGCAGCAGCACCUCCUUCAGCAGCAGCAGCAGUUGCACCAGAACCACAACCAGCAUCCCAUUGGCAUUAGUCAGUCGCACUCGUACAACUUUGUCGGCCACACGGCCUCCGCAUCCACAUCGCAACAUUCAUCCGCCAACGAGGACGAUAUGCUGGGGCCGCAGCAUCCGCAUCCGCAGCAGCUCCAACAGCAGCCGCCACCUCCGCCGGUGGCUUCCAGGCCGGAGCGCACGAAAUCCAUCUACACGCGGCCAAUCGAGGAUCUGCAGCCAGCCAUCAUACCCAUGCCAGCGGCACCAGCGACCACGCCCACAACGCCGCUGCAGAAUCAUAGGACGCAAGGCGGAAUGACGGCGCCAGUGGCGUCACCGAUGCUCCACAACAAUGUCACGACGACGCUGGACAAGAACAAGAACAAUGCAACUUCAACGUCCCCAACAACCACAAAAACAACAGCCACAGAAACAGAAGGCACCGAUGCAACAUCAACUCUUUUGUCUGCUACUAAUCCUAGUUGUUCUACCACUCCUACUACUGCUCCUGCUCCAGCUGCAUCUCGUGGUAGUCUCGUCGAGACAGCAACAGCACCAGCUACCACUGCAGCAGCAACAGCAGCUACAGCAACAACGACUAAUCACCAUUCCUCUGCUUCCUCCUUUUCAUCAUUUCCCUCGUUCCACGACGACGAUGCCACACACCACGCCCUGCCAACGAUCCACUGUCCUACGCCGACGUCUUCCGCUCGCAACUCGACGGUUCCGCUUCCGAUUGCGGUUCCCCUUUCGCCCAUCAUCACGCCCGCAUCGCCCACACCCGCCUCCGUUGGAUCAUCAGAUCUGUACACACCGGAACCAACGGUGGGUCCAGUGGCAGCUGCUGCUGCUCCUCCGCCUGCGGCAGGCAACCAAAUCGCCGUUCCCCAGGCAGCUGUAGCUGUGGCUGCCACGCCCAACACGCGGGCAGCGAAUGCCAAGAAGAAAAAGAUGUCUGAUGAGGAGAUCCUGGAGAAGCUGCGCACUAUCGUCUCCGUGGGCGACCCAAAUCGAAAGUACACCAAGAUGGAGAAGAUUGGCCAGGGUGCCUCUGGCACCGUGUAUACAGCCAUUGAAUCGUCGACGGGCAUGGAGGUGGCCAUCAAACAGAUGAACCUGUCACAGCAGCCCAAAAAGGAACUGAUCAUCAACGAGAUCCUCGUGAUGCGGGAGAACAAGCACCCGAAUGUCGUCAACUACCUAGACAGCUAUUUGGUGUCUGAGGAGCUGUGGGUGGUCAUGGAGUACCUGCCUGGCGGCUCGCUCACCGACGUAGUCACCGAGACCUGCAUGGACGAAGGGCAGAUUGCAGCUGUCUGCCGCGAGGUGCUGCAAGCCCUGGAGUUCCUCCACGCCAACCAGGUCAUACAUCGCGACAUCAAAAGUGAUAACAUCCUGCUGGGCCUCGACGGCUCUGUCAAGCUGACUGAUUUCGGUUUCUGUGCGCAAAUAUCGCCGGAGCAAUCCAAACGCACAACGAUGGUGGGCACUCCCUACUGGAUGGCUCCCGAGGUGGUCACCCGGAAGCAGUACGGACCUAAGGUGGAUCUGUGGUCGCUGGGCAUCAUGGCCAUUGAAAUGGUUGAGGGCGAACCGCCAUACUUGAACGAGAAUCCGCUAAAAGCCUUGUACCUCAUUGCCACUAAUGGCAAGCCAGAGAUUAAAGAAAAAGACAAGUUGUCCGGAGCAUUUCAGGACUUCCUCGACCAGUGUCUGGAGGUGGAGGUAGAACGGCGAGCCAGUGCACUGGACUUGCUGAAGCAUCCCUUCCUAAAACUGGCCCGUCCAUUGGCCAGUCUGACUCCUUUGAUCAUGGCCGCAAAAGAGGCAACGAAGGGCAACUGAUUGACAACCAAGAAGAAACCGCUUAUUUAACCAUUACUAAUGAAUUACUACUGCAGAAAACAACAAGAACAGCAACAACCACAAUAGCAACAAUAACAGUUAUGCAUAUGAACCGAACAGAUGAUGAAUUAUUAAUGAUUAUGAUUACUAUUAUUAAUUAUUUAUAUGAACGUAUUAUAUACACACAUAUUAUAUUAUAUUAUAUCUAUUCUAACGAGACAAACAGCAAAACUAAGAAAAACUGCAUACGGCAAACAAGAGACACGCGUAGUUCAAUUUCCACAAAUCGGUUUUCUGUGUUUUAUAUUCUUACAUGCAAAAAGAUAUCACGUUGCUUUGGCCACCACAUCAUCGAAACAAAAUUUGUUAUACCAAAACAUAAAUUUAAAAUUGUAUAGACCCACAAUUUGUAAUGAGCAUUUUGAAUGCUUUUCAAAUUAUAAGCAUAAAGAUCAUAUAAAAAGAAAGAACAAAAACACUUACAUUAUAGUUGUCAACAUUGAAACAUUACAAUUGGUAACUUUGCAUUUAAAACAAAUUAAAAUAUACAUACACAUUUUUACAAUGUAUAAAGCACUUAAUUUCAUUUAUUUCGUCAUUACAUUUCUAUAAGAAAGCUUAAAAAUUAUUAUAUGAGAGUAUGAACUUUGGAACGCUGUUACUAACCUUAUGACUUGGAGUAUUAUCGCUGAUUUUAGUAAAAGUUUCAUUUAGUUCAUAAACUGCUUUAUUUAAUAAAAAAUAUAUUUUUAUAUGAUUUUAAAAUUUGGUUUAUUUUGCUUGAAUCCUUUAGUUUAUUAUUCGUGAGUUUCUUCGCUUAGAUAUUCCAUGAUCCAAGUGGAAUAAAUCUCAUAAUUUUCAAGGAGGAGUCCUUCACCAAUGCACCCUUUACUCCAACACAACUUCCACACGCCCGAUUCUCGCAAUUUUUUGUCUGUAUAUGUAGAUGUAUAUCAAAAGAAAAACAACAUUUAAUUGUAAUAGAAUUUACUAUUUAGAUAUAAACACAUAUAGAAGACACAAAGACACACCUGUAUUUUUCAAUUUACAACAAUGGAAUGUGGUUUGCACGACAAAAAGAACAACAACACACCUGUAGCAAUAUAUUACAAUUUAAUUAUAAAGAGAGGAAAUUAUGGAACAACUACACUAAACUGUUCAAUAAAUUGGUAGUAGCCACUAAAUAUAACUAGUAAAUAAAAAAUAGAGUAUAAAAUUCGAUCGUGAACCAUGAGGAAUGAAAAGGAUAAAAUGAAAACCAGUUACUUUGUGCCUAACCGAAACCGAAAAUGAAAUCAAUAAGAUCAACAACAAGUAAAUAUUAUAACUAUAGUAACUAGCAGUUGUAGCGUAACAUAGAGAAUCGAAAUUCUAGAAUACAUAGAGCAGUCAACUAAAACACCAGCUAAUAUAGAUAGAUGCUUGAGUGGGUGCGUGUAUAUUGAUCGGACGGGUGCUGAAUGGAUCGAAAAAGAUCGCAAAGAUAGUUCUUUAAAAUAUUUAGAGGUAUGCAUACCCCAAUUUACAUAUUUCUUGGUUUCUCUAGCAUUACUGGUCAUGCUCAAAUUAUGUUUUAUCAUAUAUAUUAAAAUUUUUAUUAUUUUAUCUUGUUUUCUCAUAUUAAAUGCAAAUUGGGUCAUUAAACGGAUAAAGCGUACAAAACUGUAAUAAGUAGACAUCGGGUUAUAUGCGAAAAAUUCUAUUCUAAUAGAAAUUUGGCUGAAUACAAAUGUUUGCCCACAAAACCAAGAUUUAUCAAAAAUCUAAACAUGAGACCUACGUUUCUGGAAAUCCGAUAUCUACUAAGAAAUUAAUCCUUAACCAUUUAAACCUUCUAUUUUUCAACUUUAUCAAUUGAUCGAAAAUGUUUGUUUAAUAUUUAGAAGUAUCGUCGACCAUCUAAAUAUUUUAAGCCGAUUUCUUUUUCGAUCUGUAAUAGAUUAAACAUAUUGUUAAAUGGAAAUAUAUAUUAAAAAUCAGAGCCUGUAUGGUGAACCAUAUUGCGGCGACGGUCUUGCUAUUUAACCGAUCAUAUCCCUCUUAAAAGGGUUAUUGGAUUAGUUGAGCUUGUAUUAACAUGUUUAAACACCAAAACCAGAAUCAACUUUAUACAAACGAGAGGAAAAAGAUUUGUUUGCAACACUAAGGACACAUUAUUUUCAAUAUUAGUUCCUAAUACACAACCAUUUUCCAUAUGGAUGGAAAGAAGUCUGGCUUUGAAAACGAAUAAAAUUACGGAUUAUUGUA